CUUCACCCACGCCCCAAACGCAAAUGCCUCAAACACCUCCACAAUGACUUCUCCACAAGCCCAAGCAGCACGAGAAAAAAGUGCAGCAGUCAUGACAGCACUGAAAAAGGGUGAAAAGGGUGAUGCAGAUAGAUUGAUGGGAAGACAGGAAAACUAUGAUAGUUUGGUGCCUGGUAUUGCGGCACUCAAGAAGAAAUUUUUGGGAAACAGGGAACAGAAGACAAAGGUUUAGAUGGUGGCUGUUUGUGGUUUUGUUAUGA